UAGUAGGAGCGUACACAUUUCAUUCAAAUUUUAACCUAGAAAGGAACAACUUUCAGCAACAAAAACAUCGAAAUUUAAACAUUUCAAUAUGUAUAUUUUAGCAGAGAUGGAAAAUGUUACGCGUAUCCCACCGGACGUAUUCAAUUUAAAGUUAAAUACUGUAAUAGCACGUGAGUUGGAUAAGAAGUUAGCAAACAAAGUUGUUUUAAAUGUUGGACUGUGCAUAGCGUUGCACGAUAUAACGAAAUUGCAAGAUUCAUUUAUAUUCCCCGGAGAUGGGGCUUCACACACCAGAGUAACCUUCAGAUACAUAGUUUUCAGACCGUUCGUAGAAGAAAUACUCUUGGGUAAAAUACGGUCCUGCACAAAGGAUGGAGUACAAGUUUCCAUGGGUUUCUUUGAUGAUAUUAUCAUUCCCCCGAGCGCGUUGCAACAUCCGUCUCGGUUUGAUGAAACCGAGCAGGCUUGGAUUUGGGAGUACGAUUUAGGUGAUGGGGAGAAACAUGACCUCUUCAUGGACGCAGGUGAAACAGUCAGGUUUCGCGUAACAGCUGAAACGUUCAAGGAGACCUGCCCCACUCAACCGAACACGCAGGUCAUCAAGCAGGAAAAUUCUGAGGGAACUGAAAAUAAAAUUCCCUAUUUGAUAACGGGGAGCAUCAAUGAGCCUGGAUUGGGAUUACUGACUUGGUGGGACAAUUAGUUUUUAUGUAUGUAUUAAUUAUAUUUAUAUAAUAGUUACUUAAUUUUAUUAUCAAUAAAUUUAUAUUUCUCUUACAAAAAGAAAAACUGCUAACAAUCAAUUAUUAGUAGUUAGUUACCAAUCUCCGCAUUUAUGCAUAGUUUUCGUUUUGUUUGUGUGAAGCGGAAUUUCUUGUAAUUGGCAAAUUGUUUUUUGUGUUUUUUUUUCGGAUCUAGUUGGUCUUUAAUAGACUUAAGUAUGUUUAUACGCGUAUAUAAGAUAACAAUGUGGAAGCGACAGUGCGGUUUGUUAAAUUUGCAGAUUGGUAAAGUUCGGAAACUUAGUUACUAAAAAAUAUAGCAGUCUUUUCUUAUUAAAUAACACCUGUGUUCUUUUUCAAUAUUGAU